UUGUAUAUCGCCAUACAUCAUUAACAAUGUCCACGUCGAAAGAGGAGCGGCAAGCCAUAGAAGAUGAGAUUAUUUCCCUCGAGAAACAGCUCGACGCGGCAAAACGCAAGUUGAAUGACAUUCCUCAACAGCCAGCAAUUCCCGAUGCAAUAAUUACCAAAACACAUCUGUACGAAGCUUCAUCCUUGCAUACGUUAUUGUUGCUAGCCGACUCGGCGCUCCCGCUUGGAUCAUUCGCCUUUAGCUCCGGCCUUGAGUCGUUUCUUGCACACAAGAAGCUUGAACAUGGCUCUGGGCUCUCGCAGCAGAGACUCUUCAGUGCAUUCUUAAGCCUAUCACUGCAGAGCCUAGCUUCGACGGCAUUGCCUUACGUGCUUGCUACGUACAGAAAUCCAGGACUCUUGUUUGAACUGGACAACGACUUUGACGCAAGUACACCAUGUGCGGUGGCCAGACGUGCUAGUGUCGCGCAAGGAAGAGCUUUGUUGAGUGUAUGGGAACGUAGCUUGCACAGCCAUUACGCGCCCAUCACUGAGGAUGAGAGUCACCUAGCCACGGAGCCUCAAUCAAUUCUGCGAAGCUUUUCAACCAGCCUUCGCGACUCGCGCGAGCUCGUUUCUGCAAAUGCGCAUCUAGCACCGCUGUGGGGCAUCGUUACACUACUCCUGCGCAUCGAUCUUAAAUCGUCAGCUUACCUUUUUUUAUUCUCUCAUUCACGUACAGUCAUCAGUGCAGCAGUGAGGGCCAGUGUGCUUGGUCCAUACCAAGCUCAAUCUGUUCUAGCAUCCGUGGAUUUGCAGAAUCAUAUCGAGUCGCUCAUUGAAAGCUAUUGGUAUAGGAAGCCAGAAGAUGCAGGACAGUCGGUGCCGGUUCUUGAUUUAUGGGCUGGCAGACAUGAGAAACUAUACUCACGAAUUUUCAACUCAUAACCGGUGGCAGGCGUAAUACUAGCGGGCUCACAGCGAGUUGGUCACGCUGUUCCAACAUUAUUAGUACAUGUGGGUACUAAUGUUGAACGAUUGGCUGUUAUGUUCUCUGGGCUGUCAAAGGAGUGGUUCGCCUGUGAAAAGAAGCUUCGAAAUCAUUCCAAGGUGUUCGUUUAUUUCUCCUGAAUACAACUACAAACUACGGCCAGUUCAAACGCUUGACGUUCAGAAAGCAUCAUCGGACUGAUGCAUGGCAAGGAUAUUGUGCUAAGGCCAAAAUUGAACAAAUUUGUCAUUAAGUGCGAGUUCUACCUACAUUUAAGCAUGAAUUCGAGC